AUGACCCCAUUACCAAGCCCAAGCCCCCCGCCACCUGCAUCAACAGGAACAACGGGAACAAUAGCGCCCCCGCCUCCGCCCCCUCCUCCCCCAAUAGACCCGCGCAAGAUAUCACCCGCAUUCAAACUAAAAACCAAGGCACACGAGCGCCUAGCCCGCAAUUCAAACUUACCCAAAGAGACACGGCCAGCCCCAAUAGGCCCCUACUUCUUCUAUGGAUCCCUUCUGGAUCCGAAUAUGCUUACUGAGAUCCUGGAGCUGGAUCGGGACCAGGAGGUGCCUGAGCUGCGGCCCGCCUCACUAGGGAUGGGAUCUGGGAAUAGUUAUGUGGAGGGAGCAGUGUAUACUGUGACUUGCAUUGAGCAUGCGGAGAAAUUAGCAGCGUAUGAGACGGUGAAUUAUCAGGUUGUUGAGUGUGAGUUUCGAUUUACGGAUACGGAUGAGGACGGGAAAGGGAAAGGGAAUCCUGUGAAAGGAGUGGGGGGUGUAUUUCUUUUUGAUGGUUAUGGGGAAGAUUUGAGUGAUGGGGUCUUUGAUUUGAGGGUUUGGUUGAAGCGGGUUGGAAGAUUUGCUGCGUUGGAGCAAUUGGAGGCCAAACCGUGCAUUGAGCGGGUAGUGGACCCCGAGUUUCCAGUUGUACAAUACUAUGUGCCCAGGUGGAGGGGCGUUGUUUCUUGUGUUGGAUUGUGUUGGAUUUUUGUAGAUUGA